AUGCGCAUAUCAGCUGCCAGCACGGAGGAGAGUGUGACCCUAGGGACAUAUGCAGGUAUAGCAUGGGAUUUGUUGACAUUUGCUGCCAAUUUUCAGCCCAGGUUAGAGGGGACUGGAUCGCUUUUGCACUUUUGUAACAGGUUUCUUGAGGAAGACCCAUGAGAUUUGUAAUGCACCAGUGGAGAAGGAAAAAUGGUUCAAUGAACCGUAUGACUAUAAUAUUGUUUCUUCCCAUUCCGUGACUCGCAAUUAGUAAGGUGAACUUCAUCAUGUUCAGUAUACAGGAGCAAAUUAUUUGCGUAUUAUUUAUUAACCCUUAAUUUUACCACACUUUAAAAGAGGUGAUUUUAAUAAAACUUGAAAAAUUAAUUCAUUAAAAUUUUGAAGUCCUUUAAAAUAUUGCACUUUGUGACUUGAGGCUUUGUUUGAUAUUUGGUUAUGCACUGAUAUUAUGUCUUGACUUAUGAAUAUUCUUUUAUCAGGCGUCAAAAGAAACCGCACAAAAUUGUAGUCAAUCUAUGGAAAAACUGUCACAGCCAUCAACAAGCAAUACCAACCAUGUGAUAAUACAGGUAGUUGGUCAGUUACAGAAUGGCGAUGCAUUACCAGCUCCGAGUCCAGUUCAUCAGAAUAAAAGCCGCUCAGGUUCAGUACACUACUACCAGUGCGGACAGUGUGAAAAGGCUUUCCUUUAUAAGUCAAAACUGCUUCUGCAUCAGGUAACACACAGUGGUGAACGACCUUACAAGUGUUCAAAUUGUGAGAAGACUUACAAGAGAGAGUCUGAGCUUGUGGUACACCAAAGGGUUCAUACAGGAGAGCGGCCUUUUAGGUGUUUGAAAUGUGACAAGGCAUUCAAAACCAAAUCUGAGCUUGUGGUACAUGACAGGUUCCACACAGGUGAAAGGCCUUACAAGUGUGUUACCCACUGUGAUAGGUCUUUUAGGACUGCAUCAGAGCUUGGUUUACACAAGAAAAUAACCUCAGGUGACAGGCCGUACAAGUGUAGCAAGUGUGACCGGAGCUACUUUCGACAGGCUGAUCUUACAAAUCAUGAAAAAAGUCACUGUGCAGAGAAACCUCAUAAGUGCAAACAUUGUGGAAAAAAUUUCAGGACACAAUCUGAAGUCAAAAAGCAUGAGAAGAGUCACAGGGCUGCAAAGACUGUUGAAUGUGAGGUUUGUGAAAAAGCGUUCAAAUCAAAAGAUCAUCUUGAAGUCCACGAACAAAGCCAUGUCAGUCAGAAUUCCUUUUCCUGUCCCAUUUGUUCACUGUCAUUUAGCAGCAGGGAUGAGUUGUCAGCUCAUAAUGAAAGCCAUACUGGAAAAAAGCUUUACAAGUGUUCUCAGUGUGAUAAGUCCUUUGCCUUCAAGUCCAAGCUUUUUCAACAUUGGGUCAUUCACACUGGCGAAAGACCAUACAAAUGCAAUCAGUGCAACAAGUCUUAUGGAAGGAAAUCAGAACUUGUAGUACAUCAAAGAAUACAUACCGGUGAAAAGCCUUUCAAAUGCACCAGUUGUAAUAAGUGCUUCAAAACAACAUCGGAACUUGUUGUUCAUUGCAGAACUCAUACAGGGGAAAAGCCAUACAAGUGCAGUUUUUGUGCAAAACAAUUCAAGACUGCAUCAGAACUAGGUGUCCACAAAAGAAGCCACAUUGGGGACAAACCAUUUUCAUGUACUAGAUGUGACUUGUCAUUCAAGCAAAUGUCUGAUCUCACUAUCCAUAAGAAAUUUCAUUUAAUUGACUUGCCUUUCAAAUGCCAUCUUUGUAUAAUGGCUUUUGGAAGUGCAUCAGAACUUGCUAGUCACCAACAAUUACAUAGUUCUAUUCUGAACAAUGGUAUUAAUCAUGAUAGAGAUGUCUCUCAAACUACAGAACAAGCUUCUCAAGCCAGUGACCAACCUCAUCAAGAACUUACUGAUGACCAACCAGCGAGGGUGGCUACAGGGCUGAAGAUGGCGCAGUUGUCAUUAGCAAAAGAUCACAAUGCGCAUACUGCAAAUGACAAACCUGUCAAUGGAAAACUGCCCAAUGGGGAGGCAGAACUUGACAUUGAAAAAUUAAUGAAAAUUGUCAACAAACCUUUCAAGUGCAGUGAGUGUGGCAAGGCAUUUGUCUCCACUACCGAGUUGGCAGGGCAUGUAAGAAUGCACACCGGUGAAAGACCAUUCAAGUGUUCUCUAUGCGACAACUGUUACAGAACACAGUCAACACUUUCAGUCCACAUGAAAAGUCAUGAGAAGGAAAAAUGUUUCCCUUGUUCUUAUUGUAAAGUGACAUGCCCCACCCUUUCAAAGCUUUAUGAUCAUUUCCUGAUUCAUCAGCCAGUGAGUAUUGCUGGAAGCCGGCAACCUAGUGCAAUAGGUCCACAAAAACGAAAGAGUACUACUGAUAAUGAGCCACUAAAGUGCUGGGUUUGUGAUAAAGAAUUUGCUGACCAGGGAUCGUUAGAACUUCACAUCAGUUUACACAAAGAUAGAAGCAGCACCCUUGAACUGUGUGUCAAGAGGCUAAAAGGCUCUAUUACCAAAGAGUAG